AUGCUCAACGAGUCCUUCUUGGAGCUGGGGACGGCCAACGCGUCGUGCCCGGGGCCCGCGCUGGGCUGCCCCAACGCGUCCGGCCUGCCGCCGCCGCUGCCGCCGCCGCUGGCCGUGGCGGUGCCCGUCGUCUACGCGGUGAUCUGCGCGGUGGGGCUGGCCGGCAACUCCGCAGUGCUGUACGUCCUGCUGCGGGCGCCCCGAAUGAAGACCGUCACCAACCUGUUUAUCCUCAACCUGGCCAUCGCCGACGAGCUCUUCACGCUCGUGCUGCCCAUCAACAUCGCCGAUUUCCUGCUGCAGCGGUGGCCCUUCGGGGAGCUCAUGUGUAAGCUCAUCGUGGCCAUCGACCAGUACAACACGUUCUCCAGCCUCUACUUCCUCACGGUCAUGAGCGCCGACCGCUACCUGGUGGUGCUGGCCACGGCCGAGUCGCGCCGGGUGGCCGGGCGCACGUACCGCGCGGCGCGCGCCGUGAGCCUGGCCGUGUGGGGGCUCGUGACGCUGGUCGUGCUGCCCUUCGCCGUCUUCGCCCGGCUCGACGACGAGCAGGGCCGGCGCCAGUGCGUGCUGGUCUUCCCGCAGCCCGAGGCCUUCUGGUGGCGGGCGAGCCGCCUCUACACGCUGGUGCUCGGCUUUGCCAUCCCCGUGUCCACCAUCUGCGUCCUCUACGGCAUCCUGCUGUGCAGGCUGCGCGCCAUGCGGCUGGACAGCCACGCCAAGGCUCUGGACCGCGCGAAGAAGCGGGUGACUCUCUUGGUGGUGGUGAUCCUGGCCGUGUGCCUCCUCUGCUGGACGCCCUACCACCUGAGCACCGUGGUGGCGCUCACCACCGACCUCCCGCAGACGCCGCUGGUCAUCGCGGUCUCCUACUUCAUCACCAGCCUGAGCUACGCCAACAGCUGCCUCAACCCCUUCCUCUACGCCUUCCUGGACGACAGCUUCCGCAGGAGCCUCCGCCAGCUGCUGGCCUGCCGCGCUGCCGCCUGACC